CAGGUGAGGGAUUUCAUGUGACGUCAACCUCUCGCGAUGUUUCACUGGAAGAGGCGUGUCAGAUUCCAAGAGAGGAGAGAGAGAGAGAGAUAGAAAGUGGGAUAGAGGGGCGCUGUGUUACAUUGCAAAGCCUUUGCAAAAAUGGGGGAUGACAAACCUUUUGUAUGCAGUGCUCCUGGCUGUGGGCAGAGGUUUACUAAUGAGGACCACCUGGCUGUACACAAACACAAACAUGAAAUGACGCUCAAAUUCGGACCCCCCAGGACAGACUCCGUCAUCAUCGCAGACCAGACGCCGACUCCCACCCGUUUCCUAAAAAACUGUGAAGAGGUGGGUCUGUUUAAUGAACUGGCCAACUCCUUCGACCACGAGUCCCCCAAAGCCCAGGAAGACGAUGACAAGAGGGCCAGGAACCCGUUGCCUGCUCCUCAUUCAGGAGCAUUGGAUAUGAGCCUGCAGACGCCAUCAGAUGUUAAGGUGAAAGAGGAGGACCCUGUGGAGGUGGACUCUUCUCCUCCUUCCAGCCCUGACUCCAUGUCAAGCAUGUCAGAUAGCAGAGAGUACACAAGCAGAGGAAAGGAUACUCCCCCAAAACCAGCCAUCAGCUCGGCUCCCACCCCUGCCAUAGUGCGUCCCGGUUCCCUUCCCCUUCAUCUGGGUUACGAUGGCCUGCAGCCCACCAUGCCGUCCCCUACCUCCGUGAUCACGCAUACCCCACCAUCCAAUCGCACACUGGGGUCUCCAACUGGGCCGUACCCAAUGAUGAUGCUUCCUAAUGGUCAAACUGUUCCUGUUUUUCCAGGACCUAUGCAGAUGCCUUCUGUGAUAUCUCUGGCAAGGCCUCUGUGUAUGGUGCCCAACAUUCCAGGAAUCCCCGGUCCACCACUAGGGAGCAGCAGCAGUGGAUCUUCUUCACCAUCUGGUUAUAACCUCCACACUGAGGCCAAGAUGAGGCUGAAGGCAGCAUUAUCUCAACAGAUGCCCACAGCUCAGGGUUGUGUUGGCGUGGCGAUGGGUUCCAACGCGAUGGUGCCUCAGAGGAUGGAGCAAAGCCAGCUGCUGGUCCAGCAUCCAGAUGCCCCCUCCCCAGCCCAGCCACAGGUGUCGCCCGCUCAGCCCACCGGUGGGCGCAGGCGGAGGACAGCGGAUGACGAUCCUGAUGAAAGAAGGCAGCGCUUCCUCGAGCGUAACCGGGCGGCUGCUUCCCGUUGCAGACAGAAACGCAAAGUUUGGGUCAACUCUCUAGAGAAGAAGGCGGAGGAUCUCACCUCCAUCAAUGUCUCGCUGUCGAACGAGGUGUCUCAUUUACGAAACGAAGUCGCUCAUCUCAAGCAGCUGCUCUUAGCCCAUAAAGACUGUCCUGUCACCACCAUGCAAAAGAAAGCCGUUUACCUGGGAGAGGAGCAUCUUAAAGAAACGUCUGAGCCCACGGGAUCCCCAGCGCCGGUCAUUCAGCACAGCUCUUUGGCCCCCAGCCCCUCGUCCGCUGUGGGGCACAACGGCAUGAACUCCCGUGCGGCGGCUGAGGCUGUGGCUAUGUCUGUGCUGGCGGGGAUGGGCAACCAGCGAGGGGAGAGCGGCGGGCCGUCACACGUCAUUAUGGCCACACAGUCCCAUCCUUCCAAUAGAUGAUGAGGGCAGAUAAUAGUUUGCCUGAGACUCUCUGCAUCCUGGGAGAAGCCUGGCUCUCUCAUGCCAUCACGUUCUCGCCUGGAGCCGCAUUCUGGAAUGAACCGGGACUAUGUAAACACAAAGAGAGAGACAGAUUGUUGACUUUGCCAUAGACUACAGGGGCCGGACUCCAAACUUGCUUUGUUUUGCAUCCUCCAUAACCUUAAGCGCCAUCUUCAGCUUUCCUCGCUCGUGUCGUCCCUGACCUCUGCUGGCUGUGAGACUGCAAAGCACUUCCUGUCAAGAGACAUAUGCACAUACACAAGCUGCAAUAAAGACAUCGCCUGGUUGGUGAUCGUACAGUGAUACAUUUAGUCAGGCUAUACAGGACUAUAUAUGUUCUUAUUGUAAUUUACUCUGUACUUCGGUUCCUUUCUAGGUUAUUCGUUUUUUAGAUGACCCUCCCCAUCAUCUGACCCAAGUUCAGUCGUACCUCAUUUUUAACCGGUUAUAUGCGUUUAUAAUCGACGUAUGCAUGUGUGCUUUUUGUAUGGGUGUACAGUAAUGUAUGAUGGUUAAUAGCAGUUUGAAAGACUGAUACACUAAGGCUGCCCUGUUAGCAUGAAACCUUUUGCCAUAUGUAAACUGUAUUGUAUUAGCACAUUGCAUUCAGUUUGGACCGUAGAUCCUGAUAGAUUUAUUGUUUCUUCAUAUUUAUGGUUUUCUUCUGUAUACGACAAACACGCAAAUGGCAGAGUGCUAUAAGUCAUUUAAAACUAGCUUUUAAAACUCAUGUCAUAAACCCUGCUCAGUGCCUCUGGGUACAUAUUUGCCCCCCAUUCAUUCACUUUUUCACAAUAAUUGUUAAAGUUCACACCAGUACAUCAGUCUGGUCAUAAUUGUCCAUUUAUCCGCAAAACACAGCCUUACAAAUCACCUCAGUGCCUCAAAUGCUGUUUCUAAAUUAGCCUCACUAUGUGUUGUGAGAUUGACUUAGCGGGUCAUCUAUGAGGAAAUAUAAAAAGCUUUAUAUUUGUAUGAAUGAGGUCCAGUGUGUCAUUAAAUGAUAAUGCCUUUUAAACUGCAGUGUGAUAACACUGCCAUUAAUUUUAAGCAUAUUCUAUACUGCCCCCUAGAUGUAAUUAGAUGUUAUUGCAUCCAAGCAGAAAGGCUGAUGGGAACAAAGAGGAUCAAAUUCCCGUUUGAAUGGUUUUGCCUGAAUAGUACACAGGCUGUACUAACAUGUUUGUCCAAACUUGGUCUGUUUGUGCGAGCAGACGCUUUCAAAUUUAAGGCAGCGUAUAAACAAGGGACUAAGAUGUACUGUCGUCGCUCAGUGUAUGUUGACUUGAAUUGUCUUUUAGCAUUUAUUUGCAUUGUGUAUUACUGCAUUAACAUUAGUCCAGAAAAUAUAUAGGCCUGUCAAAAUGCACUAAAAUAUUUCAGAUUAUAAUCUUCUGUAAGUUUUUCAGGUUCUCUUCCAAACUUGUCUGUAGACAUAUCAAAUAUGCCACUUGACUGAUCAUUCACAAUGACUCCUAGUUUCAGUGUUAACUCUGGCUUUAUGUGUUAUAUUAUGUGCUGGCACUGUAGUUUGUCAGCAGAACUAUAUAAUGGGUGGAUGUUCUGAAAUGAGCGAAAAUAUGGGUUUUUAGCUUUCACUGGCACUUUUGUCUAGAUUUUUCUAUGCUGCCAGGACUAUAAACCUAUUAUAAAUAAUGUUUAACUGUUUUGUGUUGUAAUAGAAAAAAAUAGUAAUUAUUUUGUAGACUUUCUUUUUUCCAUUCAUUUUGUUUUUCUUCUAACUCUUUGUAUUCAAAUAUUGUAGUUAUUUUUAUUUUAAAGGAAUAACAAGAAUGUCUCAAAACAUUUCCCCUAUGCCCGUAAAUUCACCUUAAAGUACUACAGUUCUGUCUUGAUGGAUGUAAAGUAAUAAUCCAUCAUUCCAAUUUAAUACAUUAAAUUAAUUUAUUAAGACAAUUAGUUCAUAAAAGCCGAAUUAAAUCCAAUUUCCUGUUCUUGAUAUAGUCAAACUGAACACAAGUAAAGUAGGCUAAAGAAAAAGUUAAUAUGGAUAAAGUUGUUUUAAAUGUUUGUCUUUUAAGAGCAAUAACCUCACUCCACGUUGGACUGAUAGUUUUUUUAAUUGUCCUUUUAAUGUACAUAUGUGUACCAUAUAUAUACUAUUUUUCAUGCAUGUUGAAGUGGAAUACUCUGAACACAGUGCUGCAGUUUGAUUAAAGAAAGAAAUACAAAA